CCCCGCAGGUACGGCCGCGCCCGCGCCGCUGCUGGCGCUCGCUCUGGCGCUGCGGACGCUCAAUUGCUUCCUCGUCCAGACCAGCUUCGUCCCGGACGAGUACUGGCAGUCGCUGGAGGUGGCCCAUCGCAUGGUCUUCAAUUAUGGUUACCUGACUUGGGAAUGGACAAGUAGCUUAAGGGGCUACUCGUACCCACUGAUCUUUGCAAGCAUGUACAAAGUAUUACAGCUGCUGGCUAAGGAUAAUGUUCAGCUGCUGAUCUGGGUCCCUAGGCUUGCACAGGCAGUGCUGGCUGCUUUUGCUGAUGUGAAGCUUUACUCAUUAGUGCAACACCUUGAAAAUUCAGAAACAGCGAAGUUCGUGUUCUUCUGCCAACUCUGUUCCUGGUUUACAUGGUAUUCCUGUACCAGAACUCUAACAAAUACCAUGGAGACUAUUCUUACCAUUUUUGCUCUUUCCUAUUAUCCAAUAAAAGGCUCCAAGAUGGGGAACAGUUGUAAGUAUUUAGCUUUGGUAGCACUUGCAAUUGUUAUUCGUCCCACUGCUGUUAUUCCGUGGAUGCCUUUGGUCUUCAGCCAUUUUUUGCAAGAACAGAGGAAAGCAGAUCUUAUCCUACACAACUGCAUUCCAGUUGGAUUGGUCACAAUAGGAACCUCUUUAAUAAUUGACCGUGUGUUUUUUGGUGAGUGGGUACUGGUUCAGCUGAACUUCUUGAAAUUCAACGUGCUGCAGAAUUUGGGAACAUUUUACGGCUCUCAUCCUUGGCAUUGGUACUUCACUCAGGGACUCCCAGUCAUCUUGGGUCCCCAUCUGCCUUUCUUUAUUCAUGGCUGUGCAGUGGCACCAAGGAGGUACCGCAUCAUUCUACUGGCAGUGAUCUGGACAGUGCUGGUGUACAGCACACUGAGCCAUAAGGAAUUCAGGUUCAUCUAUCCAGUACUGCCAUUCUGCAUGAUUUUUUGUGGAUAUUCAUUGAAACACCUGAAAGCAUGGAAGAAAACUGCAGCAAGUUUCCUGCUCUUAUCCAAUUUAGUCCCAGCCCUGUACACAGGCUUGGUUCACCAGCGAGGCACUCUGGAUGUUAUGAGUCACAUCCAGCAGCUCUGCAAUAACUCUCAGCAGUCACAAGCUUUUGUCUUCAUACUGAUGCCAUGCCACUCUACUCCAUUUUACAGUCAUGUUCACUGUCCUCUAAAAAUGAGAUUCCUUCAGUGUCCCCCAAACCUAACUGGCAAUGAGAGCUAUGUUGAUGAAGCAGAUGUAUUUUACUCUAACCCACUUGGCUGGCUGAAUAAGGAGUUUUACAAUGACACGUUACUACCCAGUCACUUGAUCCUCUUCAGUGUGCUAGAACAGGAAAUAUCAUCAUUUCUAGCUUUGAGGGGCUAUGAGAAAACAGCCACUGUCUUUCAUACUCAUGUACCUCAAGGACGAGUUGGAAGCCACAUCUCCAUCUACAGGAGAAAAACUGAAAUGAAUUAUCCCUGAAGAUCAGUGCCUAGACCUUGGACCUAAUAAGAUCAGUUUUGCAUAGCAAAAGCUACUGUACUAUAGCAGUAGCUGUGCUGUGAUCUUGUACUGCAGAAAGGAGAGCAGUGAGUCUGAACUGGGGAAGUCAAAUAGGAAGUCCCAUGAGGCAGCCAGAGGCUGCCUGCAAACACAUAAACCUCCUCCUGAAGGCAGCUGCAGUAGCAGUAGGGCAGGGGUUGCUGACCUACCUAACAACACAUUGGGAAGACCAAAGUUACCCUAUGAAUACUUAAGCAAUAGAAUACAGACAAGACUGUACAUACAGAACUGUACAGCUAUGCUAAAUUUCUUUUAUAAAUAAAGACUUUUACCCACAA